AUUGAUAGUAAAAGUAAAUUACAGCUGAUUUCUGUUUACAUGUUAUCGCUUUCUAAAGAAAUACGAGGGCAUAUUUAAAUUGUUUUCAAUGCAAAUAAAAUCAAAUGAAAAAAGUUAAUUAUGGAAAAGAGAUCUUUUAACCUUGUUAUAGGUGUUACUGGAAGUGUAGCGGCAUUAAAACUACCGAUUCUGGAGAAAAGUUUGAUGGAAUUAAAUGAAAAACUACAGGACUAUAAAUUUCAAAUCCAUGUCAUAGCAACUGAAAACUCUAAACAUUUUUUUCAAACUGAUGAGAUAAAAAGUAAGAUUUAUGAUGAUGCUUGUGAAUGGGACACAUGGAAGAAGAGAGGUGAUCCUGUUAUGCACAUAGAAUUAGGUAAAAUGGCUGAUAUGAUGGUUAUAGCACCUCUUGAUGCAAAUACAUUGGCAAAAUUAUCAACGGGAAUAUGUGAUAAUAUGCUUACCUGCACAGUCAGAGCAUGGGACUUUAAAAAACCAUUGCUAUUCUGUCCAGCUAUGAACACUCGAAUGUGGGAACAUCCAAUCACAGGAACACAAAUUGCACAACUGAAGAGUUGGGGAUAUGAGGAGAUACCACCAAUAAGCAAAGUGUUGAUGUGUGGAGAUGUUGGAGUAGGUGGAAUGGCUGAGGUUGGGACCAUUGUGGAAAAAAUUAAAGAAACAGCCGACAGGCUGUUUAUGGCUUUAUAGGCCAAAGGGAUAAGACGGGCACUAGUGGGAUAAAAUAUCAUUAAAAUGCAUUUAUACCCUCAAAAUGGAGAUUUUUUUUAUAUAUGUAGAUAAUAUUAUGUGUCUUAAAAAUGUGGUGUGAAUUUUUAAUUAAAUAAAAACCAUUGUAAAAUGUA